AUGACAUCCAUUCGACGUGACGAGCCCAUCGAAGUGGGUGUCGCUAACGAUAGACGCCGGAAAACCGAAUUAGUCUACCAUCUGCUUCCUUUCAGUAGAGACGAGAUCCGUGUGAUCAAGCUGCAGCCCGCAACGUCACUACUGACUCCGGUUAUUGCCGACCUCGCCGUCCUGCAGCUCGGAAUUGAGCCUUCUCAGUAUGAUGCGUUAUCAUAUGGCUGGAGUGACGACACUGAUCUAGUCAAUAUCAUUAUCAAUGGGAGGGGCAUGAAUAUCGCACGCAGCCUUCAAAUUGCACUACGCUACUUACGCCACGACGAAGAGGAGAGGGUGUUGUGGGCGGACAGCCUUUGCAUCAACCAGGGGGACAUGGAAGAGAAGUCUAUACAGAUUCAGAAGAUGGACAGAAUCUAUAGUGACUCUACAGAAGCGGGCAUGGCCUUGCUAAACAGCUAUGAGGCUCUGCAAGAUGAGACGACGACUACGCAGAAAAUCAUGCAUGACGAGGAAGGUGUUACAGGGCUGACUGGGCUCCUCCUUCGGCCUUACUGGUCCCGAAUGUGGAUGUUCCAAGAGAUCCUCCUAGCAAAGCGGGUAGCGGUCCACUGCGGCACCUUCGUUGCAGACUGGUGGACAAUCAAGACAUUGGACACUCUUACCAGCAAGCCCUCUCUCUGGAAGCCAUCAGAGCCACGAAAAAGAUCUAUCGCCGAAUUACGCAAGGCAUUCUUCAACAUUGCGCACUUGAACGUUCUUUUAAGUCAGAGUGGGAACAUCGAGAACAUCUUGUUUCCAACUAGCCACCUACAAGCCUCAAACGAUCAUGACAAGCUAUAUGCGCUCAUAGGUCUGCGUAACAUUGGGGACUAUUUAACCAUCGACUACCACCUUUCUACGAGCGACUUUUAUGCGGACUUCACGCAGUGCUAUACUCAGCACACCGGUGGCCUUAGCCUGCUCUACGGCGCGGGGCUUUGCCAGUCCUCCAGAGGCCGAGAUAUCGGUCUUCCCUCCUGGGUGCCCGACUUCCGCGGGAUAGACGGCAGAGACUCAUUCUUCCUCGCUGCUGGAUUCUCCAGAGUUUUCGAAGCAUCAGCUGGCAGAAGCUACCGGCAAGCAAAACGAAACGAUUUUGAGAUGGGCUCAGAUAACAAUAUACAUCCAGCUGAAGGCCUCCAGCUUGACGGUCUGCUAGCUGGAGACUUAUCUGAUGAGAAACCUCCCGACAACUUCCCAAUUUUCGUGGUCGGAGAACCCCCGAUCAGGAGACUUUCUAUUGAGCAAAUUUCGUUCGAAGAAUCUGCGGUCGAGCAAUACUCUGCCAAAUGUCUCGACGUUGAGGGUCUUCUAGCUGGAGAAAUCCUGAUGACGCAUCCACUUGACGUCAGCGAGGCUGGUCGCUGGGAAUUGUACCAAACAUUCGGUAUUGGCUGCUCAAGGCACAGCUCUUGCGAGUCUGCAAUUCAGGCACUUGCUGAAGUCCUCGUCAUGGAUAGCGAUGCUAAAAACUCUAAACGCAUUUCAGGACAACCCGAUCAUGGUUCUCAGGUCUCACUAUUUCGCCUUCUCGGUCUUGUUCGAGAUGUUGAGAAGUUGUGCAAGGGAGACUCUACAGGAGCCGAAGCCGAAACUGAUGUUCUGGCCUUUUUGAGAUGGCUUGGGAUCGAGCAAGUCGAUAUGUCAGGCGAGACUUACUCUAGUCUUUGGGCAUCGGAGCAAAGAACGCUCGAUCGCUAUCGUACGUUGUUCAUCCGUGAGCUGAAACGCAAGCGAGUCCCAUCUUGCCGGAUUUUCUCAGCCAAGUCUGGCUACAUUGACACCAUGAUAUUGGUAUGA